AUGUCUUUGACGGGCGACAAGAUAGACGACGGUCGACAGGGACGUGUGGGCACUUGGUUCUCGCCGCGCAGCCCCCCCACCGCCGAGCGGACUGCGAGCGCCGAUGCAACACCGACAAAGAUGCGCGGCUCCCCCCUUGGGACCUCGGCGCCCACCUCUCCUGCCCUCAAGGGCGUCACGCCAUCACCUGUCCCCGCGCCACAAGACGACGAGCUCGCAAACGUCGACAUCGAAGCGGCUCUCUUCCCCUCGGGAGCACCGGCCGACGGAGACGCCUUUUCUCCCGCCGCCUUCAAGAACCUUCACAUGAACGCGACGGGGCUUUUGCGCAAGUUUCAGUCGGCUUACCAGCAUCGCACCAUGGCCUUCCGGGAACUCGAGGCAGAGCAGGAGGCACAAGAAGACGAGAAGUCCGAGUUCGAAACCAGGACACGCCAUCUCAAGAUGCAGCUCGAGGACAUGGCGCGAAAGGCGGCCGACAAUGAAGCCGCCAUGCGAGCUUUGAUGGAGGAACUCAACAAGGAGAAGAAGCUGAGAAUAGCGGAACAACAUGCUCGAGAGAAGAACAGCAUCUCGUCCAGCAUGUCGACGAGGUCUGAGGAUCUCGGCGCCGAAGAGGACCAGCGGAGGAGCGCUCGGAGGAGGAGUGGUCUGACGGUCAAAUCGGACCUGAGCUCCGACACUGACGAAGACAGCGUCGAGGAGGCUAGCGUCUUCUCUCGAUCUCGCAGUCCCACGCUCACGGCCAGCACGUUAGAUAUCGGCUCCCCAGAGACUAUGCCGCCGCCGCCGCCGCCAUCGUACACCAAACCAGCCAUGCUGGGGACGCCGCGCGCACCAAAGCAGCCCCAGUCACAAAUGUCGACUAUUCAGAAGCUUUUCAAGGGCAUGUCGAGCGAGGCGCCAAAGGAAGAUGACGUGCGGGGUGUUAGUAGCUGCCGCAAUUGCCAGGGCCAAGACGCCAGCGUUGCCUGGGACACGGCCAGUCUCCUGAGAGACGAGAACAGAGGCCUCAAAAAGAGAGUGGGUGAGCUGGAGGAGGCAGUCGAGGAAGCAUUGGAUGCGGUCAACGGCAUCAGGCUGUGA